AGAGAGGAAGAAAAAAGAAGAAGCUGGAUUGCACUUUGUGGAGAAUGUUUAGUUUAGUUAUCAAAACAAAAGUAUUGUAACAGAUGGGGCUGGUUACACCUUGGAAACGGCAUAACAGCGGAGCUGGGAGUGCCAAGGGAGCUUAUUAGGCUUAUAGGAGAGCCAGAGGGAGACUGAUGGGGCUCGCAGCCGUAGACACACACUUCAAUGCUGCAGGGGAGAUAUAAAAGCCCUCUCACACACAGCGUCCAGCUUCACUGAAGUGCUCCAUGUGACAUGGGUGUGAGUUUCUUACCACAGAGAAUGCUUCCUCCAGGACACCAAAGGACUCAGCUUGAAAGAUUUUAAAGAAAAAAGAAACAGUUGGUUUGGACGGCAUGUGACCACAGAAAUUGCCUGUCUUUGAGGAUGGAUGUUUUCUUGGGCUAAGUAACAGACAGGUUUUUGGACUUAUUUUUGUCAUGCUAAUGGUGGACAGGUUUUUUCAAGCUGUUUGCAGAGGAAAAGACAGAACUGUUUUCGAACUCUAACUGUUAUUGUGACUUUUUUGCUACUUUUUAUCAAGUUUUUCAUGUAUUUUUUUAAUGAUCCACAAUUUAUCCAAACCAAACUUUGAAAAACGGAAGUAUUGAGCGAAGAUGGACUCCUCAUUCACCUCAGAGACGUUUUACAAUGCAGGGUCGAUAGCUGACCCCACCACCAGUUACCUGGAAGAGGACAUGUAUCUGCAGGAGGAUCUAGAUGUGUUCAGUGUGACAAUGGCUAUUCUCUACCUGGCUGUGUGCAUCGUAGGGCUGGUCGGGAACACCCUGGUCAUUGUGGCCAUCUUAAAGCUAGACAAGAUGGCUUCUGCCACCACGGUGUACAUCUUCAACCUGGCCCUGGCGGACGGCCUCUUUAUGGUGGGCCUCCCCUUCAUCGCCAUCCAGAAUUUCCAGAACCACUGGGCAUUCGGGGACCUGGCCUGCAAGCUGGUCAUGGUCCUGGACGGCAUCAACCAGUUCACCAGCGUCUUCUGCCUGACCGUGAUGAGCAUUGACCGUUACAUGGCGCUGGUUGACCCGCUGCGGUUCGCCCGCUGGCGCACGCCCAGGCGGGCCAAGAUAGUCAGCAGCUUCCUGUGGCUGUUCUCUCUGUUGCCUGUCCUCCCCAUAACCAUCCAUUUCUCGGCUAGGGACGGCCUGUGUAACCUGGACCCCCAGGUGGCUUCCGACUCCUGGUGGCUGGCCUUCAUCACCUACACAUUUGUCCUGGGCUUUGCUCUGCCCUUCCUGGUUAUGAUUGUCUCCUACACCGCCUUGGUGGUCACACUGAGGACCCACCGCCAUCAGGCCAGCUCCCCAGGCCAGGAGAGCCCUCGCCUGGAAACCCAGGUCACCAAGAUGGUGGUGGCGGUGGUGCUGGCAUUCGCCGUGUGCUGGCUGCCGUUCUACGCCUUCAACUUCUGCUCGCUGUACCAUACGGACCUGGUGCUGACCUUCGCCAGGUGCUUUGAGUUCGUGGUGCUGUUGUCCUAUUCCUGGAGCUGUGCCAACCCCAUCCUGUACGCCUGCCUCUCAGAAACCUUCGGACGCCACUUCCUCACCCUCCUCUGCCCCACCAAGUGGUUUCCCAGUGUGCAAUGCAACCCUGACACGGAGCGCUAUUACCUCAAUGAUACAAGCGGGAUGGGCAACAGUGAGGUGGCAUAGAGAUUCCUGAAAAACAUUGGAAACUUUUUUAUGUAUGCAACUUUCCCUUUAAAUGAUGACAUUUUAUUCUGUCUUUGGACAUGUCCUUUGUAUAUAAAGGAGGUUGGUAAAGAUUGGUGUGUUUUUCUAUACAAGUGUUUCUACAUACAUUUCUGUACAGCUGUUUUUCUACUGGAUAAUACGUUUUCUAUUUCUGCACCGCUCUGACUUGUUCUCUAAUUUCAUUUCUAAUAAGGCUGCGGUGAGGCCCCGCUGCUCUAUCACACCACUGUAAUUCGAUUUUCCAUAACUAAUUAAAUGAGGAAUAAAUUCUGUGACAACCGGGAGACAACAACAGGUGGCAUGUAAACAAGAUGGUAGCAACAGUAUGUGCCGCUGGCCAAGACAAAGAGCUCCCAGAAGACCCACAAAAGACGUUGACUUAACACUUUCACAUCAACUUUGUGUGGACAUUUUCAGUGAUGUCAUGGAAGUCAGCUCAAAGACGUUUACUUUAUGGGAAAUUCUUCCUACAGAACUGUUUGGGGUGAGAUACAAAAGACAAGUAGAAAAGGUGUUUGGUUCAUCCCAAGAUAAGGUCCUAUAUCGAAUGGUCAUUGAGUACGAAUGUUUAUACUGUAACUAUGGAUGGUUUAUACUUAUUAAAAUGGAAUAGAGUGAGGUUUUUCACGAUAAAGGCAGAUGAAUGAAACAUUAAUUACUUUAUGGGAACUUUAUGAUCGAGCAACUGAUUCUUUAUCAAGACAAUGGACAAAGAAAAUACAAGACAGAGAUUGAUGGCACAAUCAUCUUUAUCAUCAUUUCUUAAAAUCAUAAUCAUCACUGCCAUCGUCAUCAACUAUUUUUGUUGUAGCUGCUUUCAUGUUGCAUUUAACGCCCAACCUAUUGUCGUGUUAAAUUAGUUUCACAAUUCACAAAUAUUGUUUAUGGAUACGUAUUACAUAUUGCUGAUUGAAUCUCACUUACUCACUACAGUAUCAUCACCUUUCUGUUUAAAAUAUUAAAUCACACGAGAGAAAAGUAAUUGAUGGAAAUUUGCAUUGAAAACAUACAAAGCACAAUUAUGUGUUUUGUCUUCUUAUGUUCAUAACAAAAAUUAUUCAUCUGUGAGGCUCAAGUUAAACUGCUUAGUAGCAUGCGUGUCUGACUGUAGCCUACCUGGUAUAUAAACAGUUGUCUUGUGGUGGAUUGAUUGUGUGGUGAAGUCAUAUUAUGAGAGAGGCUCUGACUAGGGUUGCAAAGGGAGGGUAUAUUACUGGAAACUUUUCAUGUUUACCAGUAAACUACCAGAAUGUUGGUACAUUUUUCAAGGAUUUUAUGUCGUCUAUCACAAGACAUCUAGUGACCCUUUUUGGUACUUCAGAUUAUCACAGAUGUCUGUAAUUAUCUCUGGCCCUCUGUGUGGCCUUAUCACAUGUCAAAUUUAUGAAAUCAUUGAAUAAGUUGAUUUUAAAAUAAAAAAAUCAAAUUUCAAAGCUGUAAAACAUGAUCCUAAAUAUAAACCUUAAAUUUAGUGAAUACCACUGAUGUUUAAUGUGAGGGUUUCAGCAUGAAAUAUCCUACAUUUUAAUUUCUUUUACUAUGUCAUUAUGUAUUGGUUGUCAAUAUUUUAGCAUCAAACUGGUGGCAGUUGUGAAAAAAGUCAAUAGUUGGAAGAGUUGCAGAGUUAAUUGAAAAUAAUGGCGUUGUUGAUUAGAGAUUUUUAAAUUAAUUAGGUUAUUUUCUCUUGAACCAUACACUGUAGACUGUCUCUAUUAGAAACUCAUGGACAAUAUGGACACAGAUGAAAUACUAUAUAUGAAUGCCUUUUUAAAAAAGUUAUUCAAGAAUAAAUUACCAAAGUUACGAUAGAUUGUCAUAGAUUGAGAUUGAGAUCUGUUAAUUACCAAAAUUACUGAAGAUUCUAGUAACUUUUGCAAAUUAUCAGUAGCUUUGCAACCCUAAUUCUGACAAAUUCUCUGUUACAAUUGGUGGUUCUCUGUGAAGCGUAGUCUGGAGCUGCUUUGAGUCUAAAGUGUAAGACCUGCUAACUACCCACUGGUUGAAUCAACGUUGUUUCCACAUCAUUUCAAUAAAGUUAUGUUGACCCAGUGUGGAAUAGAUGAUGAAUUGACAUCUGUGCCCAGUGGGUAGCGACUUGGGCUAGAGGUGUCUGGCAAGUGGACUAUGUUUAUGAGGCAAUAAUAUGUGGAGCCGUUUACAGAAAGGUUUCAGAGGAGUUGACGUUCCACUGGCUAUAAAAUUGCUCCUUUUCAAGGGUUCACUGACAGAUUUCAGAUGAGUGUAAAUUGUCGCUUAUUUUUGUAUAUAUUUUUUUAACAACCUCUUAUUGCAAAGGGAAUAUAUUAAAAAAGAUUUGGAAGCUUUCUGCCUGGCCAUAUUUGAGGGACAAUGAGGAAGAUAUAAAGGGAACCCACACAACUGGACUCCAUAGCGGUCUGUGUGUAUACGUGGGCCCCCAGCCCUCGGAGCUCGAGGUAAAGGGUUGACGGUCAAUGACACAUAGCCACGCUUGAUCAAUAUCGAGGGCCAUUGGGGGCAUGUUUGCUUAAUGCGUCAUCAUUCUGGGUUUGAACAACAUGAAAGGGAGAUAAAAUUCUUGACUGUGACUCCAAGGUCGUAUAUGUGCAAUUCUAUGAUGUGCAAGUCCAUAGGAAUUAUGGGUAUCUGAAAUUGGGUCAUUAGGGGUCACUGCGUUUAAAAGAUAAUCCUACACCAGGGUUAUUUCUGCUAGAUGCGAUCCAACCCUGUUCAGUAAUGGGAAGCAGCUGCUAACUGUCUGUGAGAGACUGCAGUAAAGAAAAGUAAUGGCCGCCAUGGGAGUGUAGGUGGGAAACGAAUCAAUAAAGUUAAAUUACACAAUUUAUGUCUGAUA